GGACCAGUUACUGUUUUCUCUGGCUGUGGGAUUAACCUUACCGAUAUAUACAGUUGGAGGCAAGGCCCGUUGGCCCUGACCGAGCGACACACUGGCCGACGGCGGCGCGUUUGCACGGCGGCCUAAGCGGAAUAGAAAAAAAAGAGCGUUGCAAUUCGCAUCGGCAGUUUUGGCCAUCGAAGGGCAGCCAACGGCGGCGAAGAUAGCGAAUGGGUGAGGUUGUUGGAGUAUUGGAAUCAGAAGCAGUAACACAAGCACAUGCUAUUGGAAUACGAUCGUCUAGUGUCACCGUCAUUGUACGUCCGCAGGCCCAGUUGGGCAUGGAUAUUCGGAUGGAAGAGACGUGGAACAAUUAGAAGGGCUUGGCGAUGGGCGCUGACGUGCACCUGCCCGUUCUGCAGGCUGCCCAAAGCAAUGCGCCUCGAGAUAUGGAGAGCCAGGAAGGCCCCAAGGGCGAUUGAAGUAGCAUGGAAGACAGAGCCGCUUUGGGGCGUAGCUGGGAAUUGGGCCAGCAGAAGACAUCGGAUCAGGAUUGACAAGCGGCGGACGUUCAGGAAGGUUGCCAACGGCGAGAUUGCUCAGGUGUACUCGAGGCAGUUGGCAGGCAGCAUUGGAGUGGGGAAGCACGCAGCACACCUCUUACGCUUCUGCUUCCAGCUCGACCGUUGCUCGACGUUACUCGUUUCGUUGCUACUUGCCAUACUCGCUGCCUCUCCUUUUUCCGGAUGCCUUUCCUCGCGUGACAUGCCCAUAUGAUAGUGCGCUCUUCUUUUCUUGCCUUUUGUAUCUUUACCUUCUCGAACAACUCUUGCAUCACAACGACGACCUGACCUCGACGGCCUGACUUUUCCCACAUUCCUGGCCAAAUUGCGUCGCAUACACACGUCGACCAACCACCCGACCGCUCGUCGCCAAUCCCGCCCGAUUCCAUCUGCUGCGACGCGACAACUGUCCCUCUCCGCCCACUGUCUGACAUU